CAAUGAAAUACUGCAAAAAAACAACAAAUGAUUGUGCUGAUCCUCGAGCUAAGAAAUCAAUUUCAAAUAGUAUAUAAUGGAGGCUGUUUCAUUACUAUGCAUUUUUAUUAAAUCUUUUAGUAAUUAUUUUGUAAAUAUUUAUAAUAAUAUUUAACGUUUUUUUUGAAAAAUAAUAAUAAUGAAAUCUUAUUAUUUGUUUUCAUAUUGUAUCUUGGAAUAUUUGUUGUUUUUUUAACUUAAUAUUUCUUGUUUUAUUAGAAUAAAGAUCGAUAGUGAGUUAUAUGAUAGUCUCAUUUAUAUAUUCAUAUGUACAUAUUAUAUAUUAUGAUUUACAUGUACCACUACAUUGUGAUAUAAUGAGAUAUCUACAUUUUCAUGAGUUCAUGAAGGCAAGUUUGAAAAUUAAAAUAAAAUAGAUUAUGAACGAACUGCGCGCUUAAAUUUCUGAAAACACAUAAUUCUUAUAUUAUCAAUAUAAAUAUAUAUAAAUAAAUUAAAAUAAAAAAAUUUAAAUCAUGAAAUGAACUUAUAUACGCCUUUAUAACUAAUAUUUUGGUAUUAUUUAUAAAAUUUCGUGAUCACUAUUUUAAUAAUUUCAAAUUUAUCAAGAACUUAAAUCAUAAGUCAAAUUUUUUUGAAAUAUUAGAUAAACCAAUACCAACAACAAAAAACUGUAGCAGGUAAAAUAAAAAUAAAACUAAAAACUUAAUAUUAUAAGUAAAAUUUUAAAAUUAAAAACCAUUAAAAUACUGAAAUAUAAAAACCAAAAAUCCAAAACCAAAAACCUAAUUUUAAAACAAAAGUUUAAAUUCAAAAACAAAAGCUACUCAACAAUCAAUACCUAGUAAAAACCAAACCAAUUAAAAACUACAACGAACCCCUAAACCUCCCUCCAAAAUAGGAACUGUAAAGGCAGAGAUCACACCAUUCUUCUCCAUGGAUGUGCUUAUCUCUUCGGCCACCAUGUGCAUAUCUCCCAAGAACCCCCUCCUCGUCCGGUCUGCCCGGCCUGGUUCUUUGAUCCUCCCUAAACCGAGAUCUCCGACAAAUUCGGUAAGAUUUCAUCGAGUAGCGGCGGUGGCGGCUGCGAGAGCAACGGCUAUUGAUCUAAGCGAUCCAGAGUGGAAACUAAAGUACCAGAGAGACUUCGAGGAGAGAUUCAGCAUCCCUCAUAUCACUGAUGCGUUCCCUGAUGCAGAAGCCAUCCCUUCCACGUUUUGUGUCAAGAUGAGGUCUCCGACGUACAUUAAUACCAAAGAUAGAGUACUCCUCAAGGUUAUAAACUACUCAUCACCAGCUUCUGCUGGAGCAGUGUGUAUUGAUCCUGACUGCACUUGGAUUGAGCAAUGGGUUCAACGUGCUGGGCCACGGGAAAAUAUUUACUUCAGACCUGAGGAUGUGAAGGCAGCUAUUGUUACUUGUGGUGGGCUUUGUCCUGGUCUUAAUGAUGUCAUUAGACUUAUUGUCAUCACUUUAGAGAUAUAUGGUGUGAAGAACAUUGUUGGGAUUCCUUUUGGUUACCGUGGCUUCUCUGAUAAGAACCUACCUGAAAUCCCUUUGUCAAGAAAAGUGGUGCAGAACAUUCAUCUUUCCGGUGGAAGUUUGCUCGGGGUUUCACGUGGAGGACCGACUGUUACUAAGAUCGUGGACAGCAUGGAGGAGAGAGGAAUCAACAUGCUUUUCGUGCUUGGUGGUAAUGGAACUCAUGCUGGUGCCAAUGCUAUACACAAUGAGUGUGUCAAAAGAAGGAUGAAGGUAGCUGUGGUUGGUGUACCGAAAACAAUUGACAAUGAUAUUUUGCAUAUGGAUAAAACAUUUGGGUUUGACACUGCUGUUGAAGAAGCACAACGAGCUAUUAACUCCGCAUACAUCGAGGCACAUAGUGCUUACCAUGGCAUAGGCGUUGUGAAACUGAUGGGUCGUAGCAGUGGAUUCAUCGCCAUGCAAGCAUCCUUAGCGAGUGGACAAGUCGACAUUUGUCUCAUUCCCGAGGUUCCUUUCAACCUCCAUGGACCUGAUGGUGUACUGAAACAUCUGAACUACCUUAUCGAAACAAAAGGCUCUGCUGUAGUUUGCGUUGCGGAAGGAGCAGGGCAGAGUUUCCUUGAGAAUACAAAUGCAAAAGAUGCAUCUGGAAACAAAGUACUCGGUGACAUCGGUGUGCACAUUCAACAAGAGACGAAGAAGUACUUCAAGGAGAUUGGUGUUGCGGCAGAUGUGAAGUAUAUAGAUCCAACAUACAUGAUCCGAGCUGUACGUGCAAAUGCAUCAGAUGGAAUCCUCUGCACGGUCUUAGGACAAAACGCUGUUCAUGGAGCUUUUGCUGGGUACAGUGGAAUAACUGUGGGGAUAAUAAACAAUCAUUAUGCUUACUUACCCAUUCCUGAAGUGAUUGCUUAUGACAAAUCAGUUGAUCCCAAUAGUCGAAUGUGGCAUCGUUGCUUAACUUCCACAGGCCAGCCUGAUUUUUUGUAAUUUUUAUCCACAUUUAUUACUUCUUUUUGGAGCUUUUCAGAAGAAUAAAACCAAACACACGAAUUCUCGUUCGAAAAAAAACUAAAGCAGAUUUAUCUUCUUUUGUUAACUAAGAAGACUUUCAUAAGUUUCUGUACAAAUGUAUAGAGAGCAAAUGUUUCUGAAGGUA